GUGUACAACGAGCAGCUGCGCGACCUACUCUACGGCGAGGCCGGCGACCCGCCCAAGCUCACCAUCAUGCACGACGACGCCUGGGGGACCGUCGUCAACAACGUGUCCACCUACGAGGUGACCUCGAUGGAGCAGAUCAACCUCCUCAUGGCAAAGGCGGCCAAGCAGCGCGCCGUCGGCUACACCGACAUGAACGCCGCCUCGUCGCGCUCGCACUCGAUCUUUGCGCUCUACCUGACGGGUGUCAACGAGGCGCUCGGCUCGGAGCUGCACGGCGCGCUGCACCUGGUGGACCUUGCCGGCUCGGAGCGGCUCGACCGCUCGGGGGCGACGGGCGAGCGGCUCAAGGAGACGCAGAACAUCAACAAGUCGCUCUCCAGCCUGGCAACCGUCUUCUCGGCCAAGGCGGCCCGGCAGGCGCACGUGCCGUUCCGCGACUCGAAGCUCACGUACCUGAUGGACUCUUGCCAUAGAAGCGGAACGCGCAUUCUUGAGCCCUGCCUCUCGGGCCAGGGCAAGACCCUCAUGGUGGUCAACGUGGCGCCUGAGGAGAGCAACUCGCACGAGACGCUCUGCUCGUUGCGCUUUGCCAACCAGGUGAGCCAGUGCGAUACG